ACGAGGGAGAAGGAGAAGACGACGCGAGCUGGGGGAGCAAGACUGGAACAAGCAUUGCAGUCUCAGUCUCAUGCUUCCACCAGGCCGCGUCUCCUCCUCCUCCUCCUGCCCGUUGUCCACCACACUGUGACACUUUUGUCAUCUUUAUAUUUUAGUCACCAAGCACGAAGAACAGCGCCCAGUUAUGGAUCUUUACUGCAUGGAGUCGGUGGCGGUGGUGAAAGCCCAGACGGACGCGACCAUCCUCCACGAUGACCGGGUCUUGCAAAGCCUGCUGACCGUGGAGGACCGCUUCCUGCCGCAGUGUUCCUACUUCCAGCGCGUCCAGAAGGAUAUUCAGCCGUACAUGAGGCGAGUCGUCGCGGGGUGGAUGCUCGAGGUGUGCGAGGCAGAGAGCAGCGAGGAGGACAUCUUCCCUUUGGCCAUCAAUUAUUUGGACAGAUUCCUUGCUGUGAUGCCCACCAGGAAGCAUUAUCUGCAGCUGCUGGGCGCCGUGUGCAUGUUCCUGGCAUCCAAACUGAAGGACAGCCGGCCCAUCUCCGCCGAGAAGCUGUGCAUGUACACGGACAACUCCAUCUCACCACUGGAGCUGCGGGACUGGGAGCUGGUGGUGCUGGGCAAGUUGAAGUGGAACAUGGCCGCCGUCACCCCUAACGACUUCGUGGAGCACAUCGUGCGCCGGCUGCCCCUCCCCGACGACAAGCUGCCGAUGGUCCGCAAACACACUCAGACCUUCAUCGCCCUGUGCGCGACAGAUGACCGUCUUGCCAUGAACCCCCCCUCCAUGAUUGCCAGCGGCAGCAUGGGGGCCGCCGUCUGUGGCCUGCAGCUGCACCACAAUGACCAGAGGCUGACCAGAGACAACCUGACGGACCUGCUGGCCAAGAUCACCAACACAGAAGUGGACUGUUUGCGUGCGUGCCAGGAGCAGAUCGAGCGUGUCCUGGCUGCCAGCCUGCAGCAGGAGAACCGUACAAACGGCGGCAACAAGUCCAGAGAGCAGCAGCAGGACCAGUCCAGCACCCCCACGGACGUGCGUGACGUCAAUUUAUGAACCCCGAACCCUUCAACGAACUUGAUUUUGUGUCCAGUGACGGCAUGACAAUCUAAGAAUUUCUAGCAGUUAAGAAAUUUCGUGUUUUCUUCUUUUUUUUUUUUUUUUUUUUUUGGGGGGUUUUUUUUGGUUUGUUUGCCCCCGAACGCUUCUUGUACGCAUGUAAGGAUCAUGAAACUUGAUAGUGCCUUAGGUCCCCCCUGCCGAGCGGAAGCCUGAAUAUAUUUUCAUACUUGAAGAAAAAUAGCUUAUUAAAUAUAUUCUUUUGACAGCGACAAAAAAAGUGUAUAUUUAGCUAGUAUUUAGUUAUGUUACUCUCUUAGCAUCUUAGCCAUUAUUGAGUUGAAUUGGGGAUUCCGCUAGCUGUUACCCGCUAGCUGUUGUCGCCGACACCUGUCGUGCUACUGGGGGCGGGGUCAUGCGCGAGAGGAGGAGUGGGCUGGGCCCGCUCACACAGGAAGUGCCGAGAUUGUCGUUCUGAACGGCGGUGAUGACGUGUUGGGGGUUCGCGGAGGUUGCGAGCGGGACAGACGCAGGUGUUGGAGAAGAAUCGGGAAUGUAAGCUAUAUUCUUUUUAAAAAAAUAAAUAAAUAAAUAAAAAUACAAAAAAUACAAACAAAAAAAACAGUGGGGAGGAGCAGGUUCCGGGGUGCUGUUGAAGCGUCGCUCUGCCAAAUUAGUUUUGGACUUGUGGAGCGAGGCGUGACAUAGGAACAAUAUUGAUGCACUUUUAAAAAAGAAAAAAAAAAGACACUCCUUCAGGAUGCAGAUGGGAUGGUGGUCGAGGAGCCUUUAUUUUGGUUAGUAGGGUCUCUCUAUGUUUUUUUGUUUUUUCUCUCUCUCUCCCACCCUCAUAAGUUAUUUGUUUUUGGGUUAGUUUUUUUUUUUUUCCUCUCUCUGGGCUGGAUUCCCACACGGGGUGAUGAAAGUUGGUAAUUGAUUAUACGUUGACCAAAAAAAGACCAGUCAAGUGUAGACUUUUAUUUUGUUUUAUUUAAUCGUACUUGAAUUGCCAUAGCCAAACCUUCCUUUUUAUAGUUCUGUUCCGGGGUUGAUUGUUUGCAUUCAACUCUUGGAAGUUUUCCGUCAAAUGUGUGUGUUUGGGCGGGGUUUUCAUGGUGUGAAACUUAAGGUUGUACAUAGAAGUAAGGAAAGUUUAAAAAAAAAAACACACACACACACACUUUGUGAAACGUUCC